UAAACUUUGAAGCUAAUUUUAUACAGAGUACUGCUGAAAUGCCUUUAAUAUACAUUUUAGCCAAUGGCAGCACUAGAAGCAGAAGCAGAUCUUUUUACUUCCGGCGGAGGGGCGAAGGAGAGCAAAAGCCCAAAAAAAUGAUCCGAAGCUGCUGCUUUUCCUCGCAGUCCCCCUGGAAACCCCAUCAUCCUCUUCUUCUACCCCCCGGCGCUCACAAUCGCUUUGCCCCAGAUCCCUUCCCCCAACCCUCAAAAGCGCUUCUUCGACGCAGAAGCGGUUUUAGCAGCAGCAGCAGCAGCAGCAGCAGCAGCAGGUUGGGCAUUGUGGUGUGUGGGCUUCUGCCCGUGGAUCCCUGGGCGCCCACCGCCGAUUCCCAGAGCAUCGCUUCUCAGCUUUUCGCCUUCUCCCUCUUCCCCUACUUGGGCUUCUUGUACUUCAUCACCAAGUCCAACACUUCGCCCAAGCUCACCCUUUUUGGCUUCUAUUUCCUCCUCGCCUUUGUCGGAGCCACAAUUCCUGCUGGAAUAUACGCGAAAGUGCACUACGGAACUUCCUUGUCCAACGUCGACUGGCUGCACGGUGGCGCGGAAUCAUUGCUUACUCUCACCAAUUUGUUUAUUGUCUUGGGACUGAGAGAGGCUCUGAGGAAAAUGAGAGAAGCAAAAGCAAGCAGUUCUCGAGCUGUUUCGGAAAGCAAAGAAAAAACUUCUGUCUAGUGAUUGUUUUGGUGAUUGCGGGGGAACUGGGCAGAUGCAGUAGCUCAGAUGGUCUUCAUUUCAGACAACUCUCUUUUUGUCUUGGAAAGUACUUGAAUGACUUCUGAUCUUGGAUGGUUUUACUUCAAAUGGCUUUUCAGCUCAAAAGAACUUUUAUCUAUUGACUUCUAACUGUGGGUGUUAAAGAUCAAAUUAUUAAUAAUGACUUAUUUGAUGUGGGAUUAAUGGGGGAUCGAA